AUGGGUGUUACUCGUGCAGCAGUCGCGUUCAUCUGGUUGGGCCUUUUGACUUUGUUCUCCACUUCCACUUGUCAGGAUGCCUGUCCAGGCAAUUGCGUCUGUUUCAGUCAAUCCAUUGUAUGUCGUCGAUCCACCGAGACAAUAAUUCCAAAGAUACCAGCAUUCUUGGAUGGUCCACAGGGUGGUGCUUUACAGUACUUUGCUAUUACUAACACCAAACUGUCACGUGUACCUACCGAGGCAUUUGUUGGACUACUUGACAUCAUGAGCAUUGACCUGUCAAAUAAUGAAAUCGAGGUUAUUGAAGAAGGUGCUUUUCAGGAUCUUCCAAUAUUGGCGCACUUACUUCUACGGCAGAAUCGACUGACACAACUGCCUGACAACAUCUUUGAUACCUUGCCCAGUCUGGAGGAGCUCGAUCUCUCCUUCAAUCAGUUAACCACCAUCCCAUCGUCCCUACAACGAAUGGUGGGAUUAAAGAGCCUCAGUUUACGUGGCAAUCCUCUUCACUGUGGUUGUGGAAUAGUCGAUUUUGCACAGCUUCUUCCAUAUUGGGAAAGUUCACUGGAUCGAGUAACAUGCGCAACUCCAGCUCAGGUGGCUGGAAAGUCGAUCAAGGAGUUGGGACGUCAAUACUUCCAAGCAUUUGAAGGGACUCGUCAUUUAGGCCACUGGCCAGAUGAAUACGCCUUCCCUGAAGAGAUCAGCAGGAAGCAACUAAUUCGAACCCGCACACCUUGGCCAUUGCCACACUGCCCAGUGAAGGAUCUUGGUGGAGAAGUUGUGGAUAAUGUGGACAGCUCAACUGGAUCAUAUGAAGCGCCACAAAUUAUAGAAGCUCCAGUUCCUGUUAUGGUUGCUGAAGGUGAAAGAGUCUUCUUCGUGUGCCAGGCUACCGGUGUACCCAGACCUAAAAUUAGUUGGAUUUUGCCUACAAACAACUCUCAACACGUUCACCUUUGGGACAAACGAAAGAUUUUGGAGUUACGAGAGGUGCACGCCUACCACGAAGGCACGUACACUUGCGUCGCGAAGAACCAGGUGGGACAAGUCAGUCAUUCGGUGAUGCUUCAACUCGUGGAUAUCGUGAAGCCACAAAUUACGGAUGCACCUUCCACAAAGGCGACGGUCGGUGAGCCUGGAGGUGAUAUCGAGCUCACUUGUACAGCCCGUGGACGUCCGAGACCCACAGUUGAUUGGCUCUAUACUCACACCUCUUCUGCUAAGCGUCUCUCCACUCAGGGUCGUUAUGUUGUACGUAGCUCUGCUAAACUUUCCACUCGAACCAUUCAAGAUCUGACUUAUCGGGACUUCUUGGCACAAACUGAUGAAAGCCUCCGUUUAGAAGGUGAAGAGGAAUCUGUCACUCUGACCAUUCGUAAUGUCACAGAACUUGACACAGAAGGCCGCUACACCUGCUACGCUGCUAAUCGCGCUGGCUCCACACGUGUCACCUCCCUAGUUACCUUGAAAAAGUGGACGGACAUGGCCAGUGACUAUGGAGGUGAAGAUAAAGAUGCGUCUAGAGGCAAACGAGUCGAAAGUGAUAGUGCAGAAAUCUCCGACAAGGAAUCAGAUGAGGAUUUAGUGAAGCGGGUAAUUGAAAAGGCCAGACGAAGAAUUGAUGCAGCAAUCCAAAAAACUGCUGACAAUCUUCGUGAUCCGAAAAACCGAAGGACUGCUUCCGAUAUUGCUUCACUCUUUCGACAACCUAGCAAGGCUGCUGUAGAGUUGGCCAGAGCUGCUGAAGUCUAUGAAGCGGCGAUUGAUGAAGUUACCCAAAUUCUACAACGGCAGAGAAACCUGUCUUUUGGAAAGGAUACCGAGGGUCCCUACCGCAGUGACGCAGACUUUGAUGAGCAGAAAAGACAAGCAAUGGGGGUUCAGCUGACAGCUGAGCAGCUUGCCAUUAUUGCUCAGCUCUCGGGCUGUGCGCAAUCGCAACGUGUAGAACCUUGUGAUCGACAGCUCUGCUUCCACAUGCGAUACAGAUCCAUUGACGGCACAAGUGGAGGGUUCUUAGUGAACGAUGUCUUCUAA